AUGUUCGGGUUUCUUAUGCGUUCUGUUGCCAACUGCGGCCGAGUCAUGAAUCGAUUUCAAUCACCACUUCUUAUUCAAAAUAGAACUCUGAUGAAAACUCAUAAAGGCACUGCUAAGAGAUGGAAAAAGACGUCUACGAGCUACAAGAGAGGGCGUGCCGGUAGAAAUCACGGUAAUGCAGGCUGGAGCAGGUCAUCUUUGAAAUCUCUGAGCGGAAAAACUCUCGCACACUCUACUCACAUAAAGCAUCUGAAAAGACUGCUUCCGUAUCAGUGA